AAUGUAAAGGCAUUGCGAAAGGCGACUCGUGGGGUCCUCAGAACCUUUAACGCGCACAUGCGCAGCGUAAGAUUUCUCUUUCUCGGUGGACACAAUGGCGGACACAGAAAAAAAGGUCCCGGCGGUCCCUGAGAGCCUUUUGAAAAGGCGAAAGGCCUUUGCCAAAAUGAAGGCCAUGCGCAUCAAGAAGGUCCUCGUUGACAAAAAGGCCCGUAAAGCAACUAGGAAGUUGAUCUACAAGAGGGCUGAGAAGUACCACAAGGAGUACAGACAGAUGUACAGAAAGGAGAUCCGCUUGGCUCGCACUGCCCGUAAAGUGGGAAACUUCUAUGUUCCAUCUGAGCCCAAACUGGCCUUUGUCAUCAGGAUCAGAGGUAUCAAUGGUGUGAGCCCAAAAGUCCGCAAAGUCCUGCAGCUGCUACGUCUGCGCCAGAUCUUCAAUGGCGUGUUUGUCAAGCUCAACAAGGCUUCCAUCAAUAUGCUGAGGAUCGCAGAGCCCUACAUCGCCUGGGGGUACCCCAACCUGAAGUCUGUGCGUGAGCUCAUCUACAAACGUGGUCAUGGGAGGAUGAGGAAGCAGCGCAUUGCCCUCACAGACAACGCACUGAUCGAGAAGGCCCUUGGCAAAUACGGCAUCAUCUGUAUCGAGGACCUCAUCCAUGAAAUCUUCACAGUUGGCAAGAACUUCAAACCUGCCAACAACUUCCUGUGGCCCUUCAAACUGUCCUCUCCUCGUGGUGGUAUGAACAAGAAGACCACACACUUUGUGGAGGGAGGAGAUGCUGGCAACAGGGAGGACCAGAUCAACAGAAUGAUCAGGAGGAUGAACUAGAGAAAAUGGUUUCAGUGGACUCAAAUUGUACAAUAAAACAUCUAAAAAACACUUGUUUGUCUAGUCUUUAUUU